CCCGUGCCCUGCUCUCUCGGUGCGGAUGUCCGUUAAGUGACUGUGGUCGGACGGUGUCUCGGAGCGGGGCUCGCAGUCUCUGCUGUCCCCGAAUAAGUUUAAAAACACUAAAUAACCGAGCCAAGCGUUCCCCAGCCAGGCUCCCACCCUACCCGAGGCCCGGGACUCUCUGUCACACCGACACAAACUCCCACAAGGCUCCUGCUCCGGGACUCCCAGGCCUUCCCAGCUCCGCGGGGCCCGGCGAGGCGCGGCCGGAGCAGAUGGAGCCUGCGCCGGCGAAGGCGAAGCCGCAGGGCCGGCUCCUGGUGUCCUCCGCGCUGGACGCCAAAGACGAGCUGGAGGAGAGAUUGGAGCGAUGUGUUGGAACCGUCCAGGCGUUGACCAAUGGGCUGUCAGAGAGAGAAGCUAACGACGCGCUAACAGCUAACGUGUGUAAAGGCCAGCAGCAGCAUGAGGAGGUCUGUCUGGGUCUGUUCACCCUGGUCCUCACUGAGCCUCCCCAGGCCCAGAGGUGUUACAGAGACCUGACGCUGGUCAACAGAGACGGGAUGAACGUGGUCCUGGUGAAGGUCAACCAGAUCCUGAUGGAGAAGUUCCUCAAGCUGCAGGACGUCCCCAGAACACAGUUGGUGUGGUUGGUCCGAGAGCUGGUGAAGAGCGGCAUGAUCGGAGCUGAUGGCGUCGUCAUGACGCUGCUGAAACAGAUCGCAGGUGGAGACAUCUCCACUAAGAACCUGUGGCUGGCUGAGAGCGUCCUGGACAUCCUGCUGGAGCAAAAGGAGUGGGUUCUGAAGAGCGGGAUGCUGAUCGCCAUGUCCGUCUACACCUACCUCCGCCUGAUCGUGGACCACGGAGCCCCCAACCUGCUGACGCUACGCCAGAAGGAGGUCGACUACUGCAUCAGUAUGCUGAGGGAGAAGUUCAUGGAGUGUCUGAUCAUCGGCAGAGAUCUGGUUCGUCUUCUGCAGAACGUGGCUCGGAUCCCAGAGAUGGAGCUGAUCUGGAGAGACCUGCUGCACAACCCACAAGUCCUCAGUCCUCAGUUCACUGGUGUCCUCCAGCUGUUAACGGCUCGGACGUCCAGGAAGUUUCUGGCCUGUCGACUCACACCGGACAUGGAGACAAAACUACUGUUCAUGACGUCCAGGGUGCGGUUUGGACAGCAGAAGCGGUACCAGGACUGGUUCCAGAGACAGUACCUGUCCACGGCGGAGAGCCAGUCCCUGCGCUGUGAUCUGAUUCGCUACAUCUGUGGGGUGGUCCAUCCGUCCAAUGAGGUGCUGAGCUCGGACAUCUUGCCACGCUGGGCUAUCAUUGGCUGGCUGCUGACCACCUGCACGUCCAAUGUGGCGGCGUCCAACGCGAAGCUGGCGCUCUUCUAUGAUUGGCUGUUCUUCAACCCUGAGAAGGACAGCAUCAUGAACAUAGAACCAGCCAUCCUGGUGAUGCAUCACUCCAUGAAACCUCAUCCUGCCAUCACUGCCACACUCCUGGACUUCAUGUGCAGGAUCAUCCCUCACUUCUUCCCUCCUCUGGAGUCUCAGGUCCGUCAGGGCGUCUUCAACUCGCUCACCUUCAUCAUGGAGAAGAGAGUGCUGGCACACCUCGCUCCUCUCUUCGAUAACCCAAAGUUGGACCGAGAGCUUCGUUCUAUGCUCAGAGAGAGGUUCCCCGAGUUCUGCAGCCCCCCCUCCCCCCCCACAGAAGUCAAGAUGGAAGAGUCUGUUUCCAUGGAGAUGGACAACCACGUUCUGGAGAAGGAGGACGGUUGCUAUGACACCACAGAAGCUGCCUUCAGCGAUGACGAAGAGGAGGUCAACAACAAAGGAAAGAAGCGCGAGUUCCGCUUCCAUCCAAUCAAAGAGGCCGUGGUGGAGGAGCCCGCUGACAUCACUCCCUGGCUCGACCAACUGGACGACACCAUGAAGGAGAAGGUGCAGCAGCUCCAGAAGACCAGCGACACAGAGGCUCAGUGUGAAGUGAUGCAGGAGAUCGUGGACCUCAUCCUGGAGGACGACUUUGACACGGAGACGAUGUCCUCUCUGGCGUCCUGUCUUGCCGAGCUGUUUAAGGAUCAUUUCAGAGGAGACGUCCUCCCUGAGGAGAUCACUGAGGAGUCCCUGGACGACUCGGUGUGUAAGCCGGUCUGUCUGGUCUUCAGGAACCUGGUCACCAUGCAGGAGGACAACAGCGGCUUCUCCGUCCUCCUGGACAUGUUGGCUGAACUGUACCAGAAACAGCCCAAGAUCGGGUACCACCUGCUGUACUACCUGAAGGCCAGUAAAGCAGCCAAUGGGAAGAUGAUGCUGUACGAGUCCUUCGCUCAGGCCACGGCUCUGGGAGACCUGCACACCUGUCUCAUGAUGGACAUGAAGGCCUGCCAGGAGGACGAUGUCCGUCUCCUCUGCUACCUCACGCCGUCCAUAUACUCUGAGUUUCCAGAUGAGACGCUACGAAGCGGGGAACUGCUCAAUAUGAUUGUGGCCGUCAUCGACUCCACGCAGUUGCAGGAGCUGAUGUGCCACGUCAUGAUGGGGACGCUGGUGAUGUUCAGGAAGGACUCUGUCCUCAACAUCCUCAUUCAGUCCCUGGACUGGGAGACCUUUGAGCAGUACAGUACGUGGCAGCUGUUCCUGGCCCACAGCAUCCCCCUGGAGACCAUCAUCCCCAUCCUGCAGCACCUCAAGUACAAAGAGCAUCCCGAGGCCUUGUCCUGCCUGCUGCUGCAGCUCCGCAGAGAGAAGCCCAGUGAGGAGAUGGUGAAGAUGGUCCUGAGUCGUCCCUGCCACCCUGAGGACCAGUUCACCACCAGCAUCCUGAGACACUGGGCGUCCAAAUACGACGAGACUCUGGGAGAACACAUCAAGGCCCAGCUCAUCAAGAACAACAACCAGCCCCGCAAGAGACAGAGUCUGAGGAGCUCCAGCAGUAAACUGGCUCAGCUGACCCUGGAGCAGAUCCUGGAGCACAUGGACAACCUGAGACUGAGUCUGAGCAACACCAAGAACAGCUGUGAGUGGGGACGCAUAGGGGGACGCCCGGAGACAUUCUCUGAAAGACACGUAUUACAGAAACUCAGCCAUUCAGUUAUUGAUGUUGUCUGUCCUCUGUCCUGCGUCCCAGUCUUCAGUCAGACCCCCAUCCUCCAGGCUCUGCAGCACGUCCAGGCCAGCUGUGACGAGGCUCACAAGAUGAGGUUCAGUGACCUGUUCUCUCUGGCUGAGGAGUACGAGGACUCUCAGGCCAAACCCCCCAAGUCCAGACGCAAAGCUCCUGCCACCUCCCCCCGUUCCAGGAAGGGAGUAGCUCCGCCCACCAACAACGAGGAGGACAGCGCCUCCAGCAGCGCCUCGGAGGAGGAGGACUCGAAGCCCAAAGCUCCUAAGAGGAAGAGGAAGGGUUCGUCGGCCGUCGGCUCCGACAGCGACUGAUGGACCAAUCACGGAUCAGCUGCCACGGAGACCAGCCAAUCAGACGCUCUGACCACUGGAAGAGGCCCCGCCCUCUCUGAUGGGGGGGCAGGGCUCUGUGUGGUGAACUGAAGGUCACGUGAAGAGACUUACGCCGUUUCCACGGAGACGAAGACCAACCAGGUCAAAGGUCACUGUGUGGCUAAACUCCCAUGAUGCACUGGGAGGCUGGUUUUAACAGCGGACAUGGCGGACGUCAUGGCGACCGUUGUGGUGGUCGUCAUGGUGAAGGAGAAGAAGAUGAGGGAGGACUCUUAUUGUGGAGGAUCAUGACUUCCUGCUGUUUUUAGCGACUCGUUCGUUUGUCCCGCUGCAGUAAAAGCUUUUCAGAUCAGCUCUUCACAUAAAAACUGUACGGGGAGGGAGGGGGGGCGCAGAGUAGUGGGGGGGGGGGCAUUUUUACUGCUUCUUUGUCUAAAACGGUGUGAAAUCCACAUGGAGUCUGGUGUGAGCGGUUCUCAGAUCAUCAAAUAUUUUUAUAGAGUUUAAAGUUUAUUGAUCAAAGACGGGAAAUAAAUCUCAUUAAAAGAAGUAAAAAAA